CUGGACAUCAAGAAUCUCCAUGAUGUUUGCAAGAGACAGGGGAAGACCUUGCAGGAGAACGAACUCUGCGGAGAGGUGAUGGCAAACAACAACCAUGAGUUACAGAUGGAGUUUGAGCCUGCGAAACAGUGUCACCUGCAGCAGCUCCAGCGACUGAAGAAAAAGCUGCUGUCCCUUCAGCAAGAGCUGGAGCUGCGCACGAAGGAGCUGCAGACAUCCUACUGCUCCCUGCUGCAGUACCAGUCCGUCCUGCAGCAGCAGACGUCGGACCUGGUUCUUCUUCACCAUCACUGCAAAAUGAAAGAGAACGAGGUGAUCCUGUAUGAAGAGGAGAUGGGGGGUCUGGAGAACACAGGGGAGAAGCUCGUGUUGGCGCAGGAGCAGCUCGCCCUGGCCGGAGACAGGAUCCUCUCCCUAGAAAGGAGCUUAAGUCUCUACAGGGAUAAAUAUCAGAUGUCCCUGAGCAACAUCGAGCUCCUGGAGUGCCAAGUGAAGAUACUGGAGGGGGAGCUCAGCGGAAUGAUCAAUCAGGAGCCCAAGAGCCAGGGCGAUCAUGCCCAGGUGCAGAUCUCCACUCCCCACUGCAUGGUUCAUGAGCAUCAGGAGACCCUGAAACGCCUGUCGGAAGUGUGGCAUAAGGUCUCGGAGCAGGACGAUCUCAUCCAGGAACUCCGGGAUAAACUAGCCUGCAGCAAUGCUUUGGUUUUGGAACGUGAAGAGGCUCUGAUAAAAUUACAAACAGAAUUUGUUUCUUACACAGCAGUUCACAGACAUCCUCCUGAAUCCUCAGAAGAUUAUGAAGACAUCAAGAAGAUCCUGAAGCACCUGCAGGAGCAGAAGGACAGCCAGUGCCUCCACGUGGAGGAGUACCAGAACCUCGUGAAGGACCUGCGCCUGGAGCUGGAAGCCGUGUCGCAGCAGAAGAAAGUCAUCAUGAAGGACGUGAUGAAGCUGGAGCUGGACCUGCACCAGCUGCGGGAGGAGACCGCUGCCCACAUGGAGAGGAAGGACCAGGAGACCACCUGCCUACAACGGCGGCUGCAGGAGCUGCAACUCCAGUUCUCUGAGAGCCAGAAGAUGGGCCUGAAGAAAGACCAGCUCCUCCAAGAGAAAGAUGAAGUGCAACACCAGCUGGAGAAAGAACUGGCCCAGUUUCAGAGCACCCUCAUGAAAAAGGAGAUGGAGCUGGAGGAGAAGAAGCAAGAACUGGAGAAAGCCAAGUGCAAGGCGGCCGAGUGCGAGGCGCUGCGUGCCGAGACCCAGCGGCUGACCGUGUGUCUGGACGAAACCCAGCAGCAGCAGAGACUGGCAGCUCAGCAUUUAGCCACUUGUCAAAGUGAGACCUUGCUGACCAAAGGUGAACUGGAUGAAACCCAGAAAAAAUUGCAAAACUACAUCUUCAUGGAGCAGCAGAAGGAAGACACCAUCCAGGAGCUCCAGAAAGACCUCCGGAAGCUGCAGGAGAAGGUGCUGGUGUCUGAAGAGGAGCUCUCGUGCAACAGGAAACAAAUAAAGGAGCUGUCGUCAGAACUCUGUGAGACUCGGAGAAAUCUGGAAAAAUCAGAUAAGGAAAAGAGACAGCUUGAGAGUACUUUGGCUAAGCAGGACUUAAAACUGAAUGAAGUGCUGGAUCACAUCAAACUAGUUCAGCACCAGAAAAGGGAGCAAGACACCACCCUAAGCAAACUAGAAGAUGAUUUUCAGAAGGCAAGAAAGUCACUGGAAGAGAAACAGGAACAGCUGAAAAAGAGUAAAGAGAAGGAGAAGUUUCUGGAGCUAGAGCUUGAGGCAUUCCAAGAAGAAGGAAAAAAGAAAGAAAAAAUGUUAAAGGACUGUGUGAAAACGGUGGAAGAGGAAAAGGAGGCUCUCAAAGUGCAGAUGACGCAAAUCUCGGCCCAGCUCGAUGCUUCUAUAUGCAAACUGAACAACUCCCAAAAAAUCAACCAAGACCUAACAUUUGAGAUCACCACGUACAAGGAGACCUUCAAGAGCAUGGAGGAGCAGCUGGAAAAGGCCGCGCAGCGGGAGAAACAGAGCAGUCAGAACACCAUCAGCAAGGAGCUCCACGAGGACUUGUGCCGGAAGUCGGCCGCCUGCAAAGAAGAACUGGCACUGACCCUGGAGAAGCUCAACAACGCCACCACGGAGACGAAAAGCCUGCACCGGAGCCUGCUGAUCGCCCACGAGAGGAGGAGCAAGCUGGAGGGCGAAAUCGUCGUCUACGAGGAAAGGAUGAAAAAGGUCAACGUCGAGUUGAAGAAGCUGCAAAGCUUCCACCAGCAGAGCGAGAUAGAGGUGCAGGCCUUCGACAAGAGGCUGGAGGACAUGAGCAACCAAGUGCUUCAGUGGCAGAAGCAGCACCAGGCUGACCUCCAGAUGCUGGCGUGCAAGGAGAAGCAGCUGAAAGCGUUCCAGGAGGAGAUGAUGGCUUUGAAGGAGAGUCUCCUGAUGGACGGCAAGGAGGUUUGCUGCCUGAGGAACAGCAAGGGGACCUGCCGGGUGCACCAAGACAAUGAGCAGAUCAUGUGCAACGUGGAGCAGUGGGCAAAAGAGCAGAAGAUCGAAAACGAGAAGCUGGGAAACAAGCUCCGGGAACAGGUCAAAUAUAUCGCCAAGCUGACCGGGGAGAAGGAUCACCUCCACAACGUGAUGGUCCACCUGCAGCAGGAGAACAAGAAGCUGAAGAGCGAGAUCGAAGAGCGGCGGCUGCGGGCCAUGGUGUACCAGGGCUGCGCCAAGGGCCCGGCUCUGAGCAAGGUGGAGCACUUCCAGGGGGAGCGAGUGCAUGCCAACUUCAACUGCCGGGGGACGUCCCCCGAGGUGAACCAAAGAGUGGAGGUGGGCAGAUUUUGGGGGAUGUCCCACUGCUCAGGCUCCCUGUUCUAGAACCUGCGCCUCGCCCUGAGCCUCAUGUCCUCGCACGCUUUGGAGAGGCCCGCGCGUUCCCAGCCCUCUCUCGUCACCGGGAUCACCUCUGCCAGGCCGAAAUCAAGUUCCCAUCCUAUUUUUUUCAAGC